CCAGAGGAAAUGGUGGCGGUGCUCGUGUUGUUGAGUGCAAGGCCUCUGAGCACAACCAGGAGCUCACCAGCAAAACUCACCAUCAGCAAAACUCAUCAUCAGGGGAGCACCUGCGAAUCUGCCCACAAGGCUACACCUGCUGCACCAGCGAGAUGGAGGAGAACUUUGCAAACAAAAGCCGAAGUGAAUUUGAAGCCAUGAUGAAAGAGGCUGGUCGCUCUGUGCAGGCGACCCUAACAGCACAGCACAGAAGCUUUGACAGUUAUUUCCAGGAUCUGUUGAACAAGUCAGAAAAGGCCCUUUACGAUGCCUUUCCAAGCAUGUACGGGGAAUUGUACACCCAGAACGCCAAGGUGUUCAAGGACUUGUACAGCGAGCUGCGCCGCUAUUACCGCAGCUCCAACAUCAACCUGGAGGAGGCCCUCAACGAGUUCUGGACACGGCUGCUGGAGAGGCUCUUCAAGCUGCUGAACCCCCAGUACCACAUCACGGACGAGUACCUGGACUGCAUGGUCAAGCACGCCGAGCAGCACAGGCCCUUCGGGGAGGUGCCCAGGGAGCUGAAGGUGAAGGCGACGCGCGCCUUCAUCGCGGCGCGCUCCUACGCACAGGGCUUCCUGGUGGGCAGCGACGUGGUCAGAAAGGUGUCUCAGGUGUCCCUCAGCCAGGAGUGCAGCCGUGCCAUCAUGAAGCUGAUGUACUGCCCGCACUGCCGGGGCAUGGCCAGCGUGAAGCCCUGCAGCAACUACUGCCUGAACGUGGUCAAGGGCUGCCUGGCCAACCAGGCUGACCUCAGCACCGAGUGGAAGUACCUCAUGGAUUCCCUGAUGGGGGUGGCUGAUAGGAUCGACGGCCCCUACAACGUGGACACUGUCAUAGGCACCAUCCACGUCAGGAUUGCUGAAGCCAUCUCUAACCUGCAAGAAAACAAAGAUUCAAUCACCAGCAAGGUAUUCCAAGGCUGUGGAAAUCCCAAAAUCAGCACAAAAGGCUCCAGUAGUGAGGACAAGAAGAGAAGAGGGAAGGUGACGUUGGAAGCCAAAUCCUCUGCACAAGCACUGGAGAUGCUGGUUUUAGAUGCCAAAGGGAAUCUGACAGCUCUCAAGACAUACUGGAUCACCCUGCCCAGCAGCCUGUGCAGCAAAAAAAUGAUGUCCAGCUCAGCAUCAGAUGACAAAUGUUGGAAUGGGAUGACCAAGGGCAGUUACCUGCCUGAAGUGAUGGGGGAUGGCUUGGCCAACCAGAUCAACAACCCAGAGGUGGAGGUGGACAUCACCAAGCCAGACAUGACCAUCCGCCAGCAGAUCAUGCAGCUGAAGAUCAUGACCAACCGCCUGGGCAACGCCAACAUCGGCAACGACGUGGACUUCCAGGACACCAGUGACGACGUCAGCGGCUCCGGGAGCGGGGACAGCUGUCCUGAUGACGUCUGUGGCAAAAGACUUUCUAAGAGCCCCAGCACCAGGCAGCCAGAAACACACGCUAUUCCCAAGCAGUCUGGACACGGUGUCAAGGGGGCCAGCAGCAGAUCUUUGCCUUCUGCCUCCCUCCUCCUCCUCCUCCUCUCGCUGGCCGCGCUGCACUUGUGGCGGUAACUCACCGGCACAGCCAGGGAACAGACUGCGGCUGAGGGCUUCACUUUGCCAAAACCAACCAACCAACCAACCAACCAACCAAAGGACAUAUUUAAUUCACCUUGGCAAAAAAAAAAGAAAAGAAAAAAAAAGGAUAAAAAAAAAAAAACAAGAAAAGGGAGGAGAAAAAAAAAGGUUUUCAGAAGGUUUCAGUUGUUUGCUAUUUCUGGCAGUGCUCGAGCUGUUUUCUUCUUUCUUGGUCUUUCCCCAGUGCUGGGCCCUUCUUUCCAUACCUCAUUGUUUUACUUUUGUUACUGCCACAGCCUGGCUCUCGGGGCUGAGAGCAGAGGGCUGCAGGGGAGCUGUGCCCAGCCCUCCAGGCAGUGGAAUAUGCAAAGCCCUGCCCUUGUUCCUGGAGCCACCAGCACCCGUGAGCACGGAGACAGCGGGAGCCUCGCACGGCCAGGGCUGCAUCCCGGGCUCUGGGACCCUCUCUGUGCUUCCCAGCUGGGCACAUGGCCCUGCACUCCCAGGGCCGUGUGCAGGAGCCUGAGCAGCUUUGGUGGGUGGAGCUGAAAGAGUGUGGCAGCAGCUGUUGGACCCAGAAAUGCAGGACUCCCUUUUCCUCUGGAAAGGUCACACGUGGGUUUCUUGACUAGAGCUCGUAGCUGACGACAAUUUGAAAUGUAGGUUUCCUACAUCUAAGUGACUGGGAAUGAGUGUUGGGGGUUGGGGUUUGGGGUACUUUUUCUUUGCAUGCUAGUUGGAAAGCCAUUUUUUACCCAAGUAACGAUGGUCCAAUUUGUACCUGCAGUGCAGUACCAUUGUAGGUAACAGAGAGAUGCAAAUAUGCACAGUGGGAUUCUCUGUGUGACAGACAGUUGUGCUGCCUCCUCCUUCUCUGGCCCCAGCCAUAGACAGGAAUCCUUUUUUUUUUUUUUUUUUCCUUGGUAAUACGAGAGACCAGGGAUGUUUUACUAACUGGAGCUUUGGUUGUGCCCCUUCAAGCAUCUGCUUUAGGGCAGAGGGGGCUGGUGGGGAUCACCAUGGCACUGGGCCCCUACCCAGAGCACUCAGCACCCACCAGGGGAAUGUGAGGACGAGACACAUUUUCUUCGGGAUUUCUUUUUACUUUUUGUGUUUGUUCCAGUUGCAUUGCAGGUUUUUAAUGGAUUCCCAUUUUGUUCCUUCCCCAUCAUCCAAUACACCUUCCCUAACCCCUGCAGGCACGGGCUGAGCCAGCAGGUCAGGCACCACCUGCAGCUCUGUUUUGGCUCAGGGAAGGGCCAGGCUCAGCCUUGGCUGCCCCACCCCAGCACUCACCAGCCUCUGGGUGAUGUGGCCAGCUCCCUAACCCCAGAUUGCUUGGUGGGGGGAGCUCUGUGCCAGGCUUUGGAGUGGUGAGUGAAGUUACAAAUGUCCUCUCGUAGCUGUAGGAGUGUCUGUGCUCGUUAGAGCUGUGUGUCUGGGGCUUCCAGAGGCUUCUGUGCCUGGUGAGCAGCAGGCGUGGGCUGGAGCCACAGGUGUAGCAGGUGUUGGAUCCAGCCCAGCCACUGUGGCUGCUUGGGCCAGGGGCACACACGGGCUGGGUUUGACCUUCAGAUGGGUUUGUAUUGGGGUGAGGGGGAGGCAGAGCUGGGCCUGUCUCUUGCUUUUGCACAGCAUUUGAGCAUUUCUUCUCUCUCUUGCCAGAGGAGAUGUGCCUUUGGGCUGAGCAAACGUUACGGGGUUGGGGUUUGGCUGUUUUCUGAGAAAGGGGGAAAAAAACCCCAUUUUUAACAUUAGCAGUUUCUAAAGUGUGCAAUCUAAGGAAAGAUGAGGACAUGAGCAAGGUAAUGCUGAAAGCCAGUUCCUUUCCUGCCCUCCCUGGGGCCUGAGGCACGGAGGUUUGGCAGAGAUUUUAGGCCAGCUUUGACCAGCCUGUCUCUCCAGGUGACAGUGACUAAUGUCACUGACUGUGCAUGCUUUCUGCCCUGGCCUCCCCUUCUCAUAAAGCAAAAUCAUACCUGAUCUGGCCAGGUGUCAGAAAUGAACACUGGGGUGCUGGGCAAUGGCUGGAGGGCAGACAGUGCCACUGCACCCAUCAGAGCCCUGGAGAGGAUAAAUGUGGUUUUGUCUAGGUUUAUUUACUCCUAGAUAUACAGCAAAUUCACAUGUUUUAUAACUGCUCUAAAGAGUUCCAGCUCUUCUUUUUCAUUUUUUUAUAUCAGAAUGGCAAAUACAAAUUUAAUUUUCGGUUACAGCAAUCCCCACAACCAGUCCUGCAGAAGCUUUACAUCGAAAGGCAAAAAGAAAAAAAGAGCAGGGGGGAGGGAGGGAGGAAGAAUAAAACAUUGUACCCUCUUCCAAACACAGUUGGGUUGGGGUUUUAACACAUGGAUGCUGAGGUCAAUGUUUUGCUUUGCAGAAUGGGAGCUUGAAAGUCACUUCCAUUUCUGUGCAAUUAGUUUUUGCUGUCUGCCUGUUAUCCUCAAAAGCUUCUUAUGGGCCCCUUCACAUCUUAAAUGUGAAGCCAGGAAUUUACUGAUUAUCCAGUUAAUAUUUUAACAAUUUAAUAGCCCAAACUAGUGGUUCUGUUACAAGAAAAAAAAAUAGUGCAAAUUAAUAGGCAAAACCUCAAAGAAAGAGUAAAAUCUGUUAUGCAGGGUAACCCUUCCUGAUGCCUUCACCUCCGGGCUGGGGCUGAGCUCCCACUUCCACAUCCUCCUGACCUGGGGGUGGCAGCUGGCACCUUGCAGAAGGCAGGCCAGGGGAGAGCAGGACAGCAGCCUGGGGUGAGGGCAGUGCAGGGCUCAGCCCCUCUGCACCCACUGGUGCUCCGUGGUGCUGGGGACACUUCUCAGCCCUGCUGGGGUUGAUUUUUAUAUCUGGUCAUGGUCAGCCUACGCCGCCGCUUGUUGUUGGUCCCUGGUCACUCGGUUGUUGUGUUCUCUUUUGCCCUGGAGUUGUUUCCCCAGCUGCUGCCGUUGGAUGGCCUGGGUUGUGUUUGGCUGUGCCACCUUCCCCAGGAGCUGAGAUGGCUGAGAGCCCCCAGGAUAUCAACUCUAAACUAAAGCAAACUGCAAUUACUGCUGACUAACCAGCCACUGGUGUGGCUGAACAAGCUGAAAUCAACCCAGGUCCAGACAAGUCCCGAGCCUGUGGUUGGGCUGGUGCAGAACCUGGGGCCAUUCAGUGCUGAUGGAUGACAUUUCCUGGGCUGCUCCUGCUGGAAAACACUGUGACACACCUCCCCAUGGCUGCUGGCUGCUCUGGGGAUCUCUGAGGAACUGGGCUGGCUGGGGAGAAACGUCUGCUUCCAUGUUAUCAAGGUGGUGAUCCAUCGUGUUCUGGUGUGAAAAGGUCUCAUACUUGACAGGAGAGGGUAGUGGUGUAGGAAAAGAAAUAUUUACAAAGACCCCAUCCCUGGGAAAGGGAGAACCAUAAAUGGUGGAUUUCCAGGUGUCUCUGUCUUCCAGCCUGCUCUUUGUGCCAUAACAUGUAUGUUUUAAACAAUGGUGAGGGUCUCAAAAGGCUUUGAGAGCACAGCUACUUCUCAUUUACAAAUGACAAGCUGCCUGUUGUUUUCCAGUGGGCUUGGUAGGAGCUAAGGUAUAGCAGAAUACCUAAAGUCCACCUUUGCUUUAAACAGAUGCAUUUCUAUCUGCAGGAGUAAGAAUUAUUUCACUUAUCAGCAUAGCUGGACAGUUAUCUAUUUCUUUCUGUUACCAAGGUACUUGUAACUCUCUUGCACUGUUUAUCUAAAGUUGAAAUAUGUUCUUUGAAUCCUUGUAUAAAUAAAAAGGCUGGAGACAAAUCUGUAUUUACAGGGCAAUUAUUUCUUCUCCAUUUAAGCCGAGUCUGGCAUUUUCUUUCUUUUUCCCUUGUUAAGGCACAGAUAAAGGCCAGGUCAGGAGCCCUGAGGAAUGAAACCAUUCAUUUCAUGUGGGAAGUGUGUAAUGGGCUGAUGGCAGUGUUGCCAGUAGGGAUUUGCCUGCAUUCCUGUACCAUUCAGAGGAGCAUCUCCUGGGUUCUAUGGAUGUGUGUUUGUGGGAGCAAAGAGAGCCUGGCUUGAGUCAUCAAAGCCAGGAUCCUAACUUGUCUCCUUCUCAUCUAGAGGCACAGAAAGUCAUGGCAUAACAAUAUAAAAAACCAGAAAUGUCCUUGGUAUUACAAAGUGUGGUAAUUACAGACCAUGGCUUUGCCCCAGUGCAGCUGUUGGAUGGGCUUACAGCAAGCAAAGCAGCCAGGGGGAUGUUUGAUCUCCUGGGACUGAACUGGUGCAGGAGAAAGAUUUGUGUUUCUGCUCUGUCCCCUUCCAGAAGUGGGUGAAUGCAGCUGUCAAGGUGAUGUGUUGGAAGCUGCUCAUGUCUAAGAGAGACUUGGUAACUGAAAACUACUACAAGUGUAUCCUUCUGCCUGGAAGCAAAUAUCAGCUAAAUUUAAUAAACUGACUGAUACCCUUGA